CACCACCACCACCGCCUGCACCACCACCCCCCACCCCCCGACCGGCAGUACUGGCCACCGCGUGCGGACGGCCGACAGUGCGAUUGUCAACCCACGCCGUCGUCGCCAACCUUCCACAUCGCCCUCCACCUCUCCAAUCGCUACCUACCUAAACUUACCUACCUGACCUACCAACACCAACCUACCGACCUACCACGUUUUCCCGCUGCCCAGCGCCCACACUCUUUGGACCAACUGCCUGCCUGCCUGCCUGCCUGCUGACUUACGACUUUCUGAACUUACGGCCUUGUAAUCUUCCAUUCCACCACCCUUCCUGUUGCUUCCCGAACAACACACUACUGUCAACCUGCGACCGAGACCGAGUGCACCGACCCGCACACGUCCAUUGUCCGCCCCGUCGCAGCAACCCCAUCGAGCACCCUCACCCGCCACACCACCCGCAAAGCACCUUGACGGCGCUGCCCACGAAUAGUACCCGCUCAAAGAAACGCCGUCUUUGUUCGCAAGAUUACACGUGCCACGUGCCUUCUUUGAGACCAUUGCAAGAGGGUUGGGUCGCAGAGUCGCACGCACUUGGCCGGGACACUUGCGAAAAACCCGCCUGCUCACUGUUGCCUUUGCCAUUAUUGCGCUCGAUACUCCCAACUACCGACACUCAUUUUCGAGGAGCCAUCAGAAGAAUGUUUUGAAUCUGCCAACUGAUACACGCCCACACGCACACACCCACCCACCCAUUCACCUGGAUCGUUUUGGUGGUCUAAGCGAGCUUUUACUUCCAGUGACAGUCGUCACGUACACUCGUUUAAGCACCACCUUCAGACGAUCUACAUUUCCGCACAUCAUUUCAUUUUAACUUCACACCAAUUGCUUCUGCAAACAUUAAUAUUCUCUGCAUCAUGAAGACGACCCCAUCAUGGGCCGCCGCCACCCUCGCGGUCCUCUCCCUGCAGGCGUCUGUUGCUAUUGCGGAGGCUGUGCCCGCUGGACUGCAACCGAAACAGGAACAGUCACCACCCAGAUACUACUAUCCCAAGCAUGUCAAACGACAGUGGCCCAACUUGACUUCCAUAGUGGAACCUCAAAACUCCAACACCAACUACGAUGGAUCAACCUCGACAACGACAACCAACACCACUCCGAACCCAGGCCAGUCGAACUCCGGAUCAUCGCUCUAUGCGAGCAUCGUCGCUGCAUUGGGCGGCGACACCAGCUCCAGUUCGAGCUCGAGCUCGAGCUCCAUCACGGGCGAUGCCCCCAAUACCACAGGCGAUACACAAUCCACCACGGACUCACCGCUCACGACUUCUGUGACCACCACAUCGAGCGAUCCCUCGGAUCAGACUACGUACAGUGGAACAGAAGGAUCCACCAGCUCGGAUCCGGGAUCGACCACGACAUCAACAACAACAGACUCAUCUACUGUGGAUCAGAGCGGCACCACGACCUCGAGCGGUUCGUCCACGUACGAUGAUGGCGCAUCGACGGGACCUCCACCACAGACGGAAGUCCAGCCCACGGUCCCCCCGACCCCGAACGACAGCUCAUCGACAACUUCCACCACCACAGACAAUGGUUUACUGGGCACGGGAGGACUCGUGGGAGGUAUCUUGAAUCCCACCACUCCAUCGACCCCCGUCGCGCCAGCUCCCAACAACACCUCGGAUGCGUCGGAGCCCCCGCCACCGCAGAGUGGUUCAGGCGAAGGUUACGUGCCCGAGCAGGUCCCACCGCCUGCACCCCCAGGGAGCCCUUCGAAUGACAGCAGCCCGGGAUACGCUCCUCCCCCGAACACCACCGUCUCCUCCACGCCCAUCAUCUUUGUGGGACUGUCCACCACGUUCACGAGCGAAAUUCCCACUUCGACUCCCACGCCGUCGAGCACGACCGAUGGAGGCGGUCUCUUGGGAGGCAUUUUGCCCCCUGCUUCCGUCUCCAGUACAGGGACGGGCUACACGCCGACCACGACGAGCUCCACACAGGGCAAUGAUACCUACGGUGGCCCGGUCCCCAGCACGACUGCAUCCAGUUCCACAACCACACUCGCCACUGACAUUUCUUCUUCUUCGACCUUGACCUCCUCUGCUCCAUCCGGAACCGGAAACGGGACGGUGCCCAUCACCACCGACUCGUCUGUGACAUCCUCGAGCACUGCUUCUUUGACAGAUGUCUCGACCACCACAGCAUCGGUCAGCGCGACGACCACGGAAUCUGUCAGCGCCACCACGAUGGCAUCGGUCAAUGCGACGACCACGGAAUCGGUCAGCACGUCAUCAUCCACGGCCUCGUUCACGUUGACCACCGUGACGGGCUCAUCGGGAAUCACGGUCGUGCCGGUACCACUUCCGACAGAUACCACCGCGAGCGCCACGUCUACGGGCAAUAUGUCCAUCAUCAUCACCACCGCCACCACCACCACCGAUUCAUCCUCGACGUCCAUGUCACUGACGACCGGCACUCUGACCACGCUCAGCGACAGCUCCAGCUCUGUGUUUCCGUCGAUGACUACGGGCGCAUCGAACGUGUCCACUGUGCCUUCGACAGCGAUCCCCACCUUGUUGAACUCCUCUACGAGUACUACUACUAGUACUUUCACCAGCGCACCAUUCACAUAUGCACCUGCCACGACCACUGAAGAACUCUCUACGACCACUGAGACGGCGGCCAGCUCGACCACGGAGACGACUGCAAGUGAGACCCUUCCCCCGUCCACCACUGAGACCACGACGGAGCCGCCGACAUCCAUUGUACCCACAGCGACCAACUCGGAAACGACCAUGAGCAUACCGACUUCUAUGGUGUUUGCACCCACGACCACGCCUCCCCCGACGACGACCUCGACUACCGCGCCCGUGGAUCGGACGAGCUCGACGGUAUCCAGUGGCCUUCCUACUGCCAUGCCUCGUUUGGUUCAGCCACCGGGCGGUAUGCCUGCUCCUCCCAGCAACGCCACUCUGAUCCAGGUGGGCUUCAAUUACGGACUCAACUACCCCUUUGUGGUCAGUACGGAGAACUCUGCAAAUCAGAUCUUUACCUACCUUCCCCAAGGAAUCGCCUAUGCGCUGGGCAUCACGGCCGACAAAGUCGUCAUGAACGGCUUGAUGCCAUAUGAUACCACCAAGACGUUGAACUACAUUACCACCCUCGCGCAGGCAUACAUUCCGGGCGAUCUCGUCGACCAAUUACAAAUGGACCUCCACACUCCCGUCUCGAAGGCCUACAGCUGUCCGGAUGAUGCUGUACGCAUGCUCAUGAACAUGAUCAACCCUACCAUUCCCAUUCUCCCAGGCGCGAACUUGGACGAUAACACGGGCACAUCCAACGCGUACAACCCUCCCGACACAUCGUCGGGAACGGCCGGUGACGGUGCACCUAUCGGCGGCGACUCUGGAAGCUCACAAAAGAUCAAGGGUAGUACCGUGGGCAUCGGAGUGGGAGCUGUUUGUGGCGCGGCAGUAUACGCCGCUGCCAUGGUUUAUGUUGCCCGCCGCUACCGGAACAAGAAGAAAUCUCACAGGCGCACUAGCUCGAUUGGCACGCAUGGUGAAAUGAGCCAAAGAUCACCCGGAACCCCUGGAACGCUAACAGGUGGCAUGGGCGGCUACUUCAUGUCGGGCGCCAAUGGUGCUCGGGGCUCCGGCUCUUCGAGAGGGAGCGGUAUCCGAAGUGGGAGUGGUGGCAGAGGAAGCAGAAACAGCGCCGGUAGCAGCAACAACAACCGCAGCGUACGGGAUCAAGUGAUUAGCGCUCCUGUCAUGGCGGAGAACAGCUUGGGAUGGAAUUGAGUCGAACCGGAGGUGCAAGAAUCUGCGGGUCAGCAUCGAGAGAGGGAGGGAGGGAGAUGAGAACCACGUGUACUUGCAUGAAUACACGGUGAAGGAGAGAAUGAUGGAAAAAAAAGGACGAUUAUACCAGGCAUGUGUGCCACAAGACCAAUGUUUCUCAUUGUCAGAUGCUUGAUCUGCGAGUCUGCGCUUCGAUAUAUUCAUGUGUCCUCACAUAUCAGAGGACACAUGCAUCAACCCACUUUGUGUACAUAGUACGAACCAAGAUUCACACCCGA